UUUUAAUGAUUCGAGGGUUUUGUGGGGUUUGGCGGUUAGGGUUUAGUUUCAGUAUUUAAAAAGUGAGAAAAGAAAGGUAUGUGGCCAUAUGUUAGUAAUUCGUUGGAAGUAACGCUAGCUUCAGAAGUCGAUGGUUUGCUUUCUUCGCACCGUGUCCGCCCGCCUCUUCUCCUCCUCGGUUUGCCACUGAAUGCAGCUGAUAUAGUUUACAGAAGUUGUGAAGGACCAACAGAGCACUUAAGAGAGUUUAACUGAGAGCUGCAGGGAUGGCUCAUUUGGAUGUUUGUCAUCAAGUCAGGUUCAUUGGUCAGCUUGAGGAAUAUGGAAGUAGACUUUCUUCCAGUAUUCCUACGGUAGAAGGAUCAAAAGAUAAAGAAGAAAUCGUUGAAGUUAAACCUAUCUUCAUGCCAAAUUUUAAGAAAAGAAAACGCCUUAGCCUUAAUCGUCUUAGAGAGAUCAAAGCAGAUAUGUGUGCAAGGCAAAGUAGUGGCACACCUAAAACAAAGUGUGAAAGCAUAGACAGAUGGUCAGCUAAGAGGUAUGAGUUGGCUCAGCAAAGCAUGUGGGAGGUCUUAAAGGGCGAAGGUGCAACUUUUGAAAAUCCAAUUACCCGACCUGCACUAAGAAUGGCUGCCCGUAAACACAUUGGUGAUACUGGACUGUUAGACCACUUACUGAAGCACAUUGAUGGUAAAGUGGCACCUGGAGGAACUGAGCGGUUCCGUCGAUGUUUCAACACCAAGGGAAUCAUGGAGUAUUGGUUGGAGAGUGCUAAUUUGGAUGAGAUUCGCCAGGAGACUGGGGUGCAAGACCCUUAUAUUGGUGAACUGAAAAUGCUUAAAAUUGAAAUGGCCCAGAUGAAGAAAGACAUGCAAGAGCUCAUUGCCAAGAAGCAAGAAAAAAGUGAAAUGUGCUUGAUGGAGGAGACACAGAAAAGUUUUGUGAAUUGGAAAGCUAUGACUGAGCAGCGUGUAACUGAGAUUAUGACUUCUUUGAAGGGUGUGCAGGGCAUGCAUGAAAACAUGUUGAUUUGGAAAACUAAAGUUGAGCAACAGCUAAUAGAAAUAACCAAUAAAUUGAGUGAUGUGCAAAAAUUGAGAGAAGACACCACUUCAAGUUAUCCUCCAGUAAGUUGGGAGGAUUGGCUAGGAAGCACCAACACAGACAAUAUUCAGGGAAAUGAACUCAACCUGGAGCUGCUUAAUGUUCCAAAAGAGGUUGUACUUCAAGAUCUGAACUCAACCCUACCAACUCAGCUGCAAUGUGUAGAACUGACUAACAUGAAUAGCAAUUUGCUGGAGUUGGUGCCAAAGAUAAAGGAAGAUCAACCUAAUGUGACCCCUGAUUCUUCUAUGACUGUUAAUUCAAAGUCAGACCUUGACAAUUCAUUGAUAUUGUAUCAGGAAAUGAUCAUGGAAUUAUUUACAUCGAGGGAUAAAAUGGAGCAGCAGUUAUUGCAGAUAGCAAAUACUGUAUAUGGCAUGCUGACAAUGAAAUAGACUCUACAUCGAAUCGAAGUAUCAAUCCUAACUUAAGGAUUCUAAUUUAUUACCAUUUUCUUUUGCUACUCUCAUAGAGUGUAGAGUUUAGAUAUUGUACAGUGUUAACAAUCUUAUGGGGAAGUGAAAUCCUUUUCCAACCACAAAUAGAAUGUCACCCACAGUGAGCUUCAAAUUGUUGAUAUUCUUCCCUGGCCUUUUACAAUACAAUUGGUUUUAAGGUAGGUCACUAGGUCAAUGGUAGGGCUGUUAUUCAGUGACAAUUUUUCUAGUUUUGUUAAGUAAAAAAUUAAGCUCCUUUUGGUAGCUCUUCUGGUAGUUUUUUAUUAAACAUUUUAGCUCGAGUAAGUCAUGAAAAUGUGCUUAAACCUUAUUUGGGGGAUAAGUUGCUAUCUGUAAAAUUUCUACAGUACAUCUGAUCUUUCGGGUGUUAUUAACAAUUAACUUAUGCUUUAUUUUGA